GGCAACUCCUGCGUUUCUCACGGAGCUAUUCUCAGCGCCUAAAAUAAUUCGAUAGACCAUGCCCUCCCUAUGACGGCGGCUUGCUGAGCUCACCCUGCAUGCCAGAAGACCGUCCUUGGUUGAUCCGAGGGCUUCUGGGGACUCCGGCCUCCGCCCGGCUUUUCCGCCUGUGUGUGUUCCUGUAGAACUUUCAAAACUGUUUCUCCAAAGGGUUUUGCAGAAACUCAGACUGUUUUCUAAAGCAGAAGCACCUCAGUCCCCGGCAGUAGUGAUGGGCAGCGUGCGAACCAACCGCUACAGCAUCGUGUCCUCGGAGGAGGACGGCAUGAAGCUGUCCACCAUGGCCGUGGCCAACGGCUUCGGCAACGGCAAGGGCAAGGUCCACACCCGGCAGCAGUGCCGGAGCCGCUUCGUCAAGAAGGACGGACACUGCAACGUCCAGUUCAUCAACGUGGGCGAGAAGGGGCAGCGCUACCUGGCCGACAUCUUCACCACGUGCGUGGACAUCCGCUGGAGGUGGAUGCUGGUGAUCUUCUGCCUGACUUUCAUCCUCUCCUGGCUUUUUUUUGGCUGUGUGUUUUGGUUGAUUGCGCUGUUGCACGGGGAUCUGGAGGAGCAGGAGAACAGCAAGCCUUGCGUGUCUCAGGUGAGCAGCUUCACCGCAGCCUUCCUGUUCUCCAUCGAGACCCAGACCACGAUCGGCUACGGCUUCAGGUGCGUCACUGAUGAGUGUCCCAUCGCCGUGUUCAUGGUGGUUUUCCAGUCCAUCGUGGGCUGCAUCAUCGAUGCCUUCAUCAUUGGCGCCGUCAUGGCAAAGAUGGCCAAGCCAAAAAAGAGGAACGAAACUCUGGUCUUCAGCCACAACGCCGUGGUGGCCAUGAGGGACGGGAAGCUGUGCCUGAUGUGGCGCGUGGGGAACCUGAGGAAAAGCCACCUGGUGGAGGCGCACGUGCGGGCGCAGCUGCUGAAAUCCAGGAUCACGUCGGAGGGGGAGUACAUCCCCCUGGAUCAGAUCGACAUCAACGUGGGCUUCGACAGCGGCAUCGACCGCAUCUUCCUGGUGUCGCCCAUCACCAUCGUGCACGAGAUAGACGAGGACAGCCCUCUGUACGACCUGAGCAAGCAGGACAUGGACAACGCCGACUUCGAGAUCGUGGUCAUCCUGGAGGGCAUGGUGGAGGCCACGGCCAUGACCACCCAGUGCCGCAGCUCGUACCUGGCCAACGAGAUCCUCUGGGGCCACCGCUACGAGCCCGUGCUCUUCGAAGAGAAGAACUACUACAAGGUGGACUACUCGAGGUUCCACAAAACCUACGAAGUGCCCAACACGCCCAUCUGCAGUGCCAGGGACUUAGCGGAGAAGAAGUACAUCCUCUCCAACGCCAACUCCUUCUGCUACGAGAACGAGGUGGCGCUCAGCAGCAAGGAGGAGGACGAGAUCGACACGGGGGUGCCCGAGAGCAUGAGCACGGACACGCACCCGGACAUGGAGCGCCACAGCCAGGCGGGGGUGCCGCUGGAGCCGCGGCCGCUGCGGCGCGAGUCCGAGAUCUGACUGGCGGGCUCGGCCCUUCUGGCGUGCUUGGGGGGCACAGCCCGCUCCGUGCCCGCGGGCCAAGGGCUCCUUGACCCGAGAGGUUGGCCCAGAAGAGUUUGCAGACAACGGUACUGUGGAGGAGUGGUGUGAAGGCAGCAGACCCGAGGAACCCAGGCUGGUUUUAGGGCUGUCCUCAGAGGAGGGACGACAGGAAAUAAACUCUAAACACAAAGCACUAAACAUGUCUAAGUAUGAACAGAAGGCACAUAUGUUGUAGAAUAAAUUAUGUAUAUAUUUUUUUACAAAACUUGAACUUGCAGGCAAGCUUUGGUUGGGUUAUUAUUAUUUUUUUUUUUCAACUUUUUCCAGAAUGCUUCUCUCUAGGGAACAAGAAUGUUUUUAAU